AUGAGGAAACCUCCACAGUGGAAAUCUUAUAAAAAGUUGGAGGAGGAUAUAGAAUCGACAGAACAGGCCACUGGUGUUGAAGCACAGCCACCAGCAGCAACCACAAGUGGUAAAGGCUCAAGUAGCACAGUAACCCAACCACCGCCACCAUCACCAAUCACUGACUCUAGUAGUGAAUCAAGUCAACUGUCAUAUGAGACUGCAUUUGUUGAUGCCUCUGGAAAUACACCAGCCAGUGCUGAUAACAGCAAAGGUGAAAGAGUGCAGGCAUGGUAUGAAACUAAAUGCAUAAGUCAAGACGAGCAGUCACCAGUAGAGUCAAAAGGCAGUGAUCCACCUAGAACCACAGAACACAACACUCCAGCUUUGGCCGAUAGUGAUGGAGUCCAAUUAGUUUCAGCUACUGUCAGUCAACCUAUUACUAAAGAAGCAUCUGUACAUGUUCGGACCAAUGGGGAAGGAACUAAGCUAGGGCCCAUGCCCAUUGGUGCAAGUCAGGAAGGAACAGAGGCAGUGCCAGCACCCAAGCCCAUUGGGACCAGUGGGGAAGGUACCAAGCCAGUGAGAGCGCACAUUGGUACCAGUGGGGAAGGAGCUGAGGUGGUGUCAGCACCUGCACCCAGUGGUACCAUUGAGGAUGAAGCCAAGCCAGCGCCAGCACCUGUGUGCAUUGGGGCCAGUGGACAACAGGAAGAGACAGUGCCUGUACCCAUGCACGUUAAGGUCAGAGAGGAAAGAGCAAAAUCAGUGCCACUUCCCAUAACCUUCGAGGCUGUUGGUGAAGGAGCUGAACCAGUGUCGCUGCCCAUGUCUGUCGGGGCCAUAGGGGAAGGAGCUGAGCCAGUAACAGCACCCAUGCCCAUCACAGCCAGUGCAGGAGGAGCGGAGCCAACGCUCAUUCUUCAUGAAGCUGGGCCAACGCGUACUUGGGUCCGUGGCAUGAUGUCGACCCUGCUGCAAGUGGUGCGGGCUGCGCGCCCGUCCGUGCCGGCCUCUGCCCCUGACAGUCCUGCAGACAGCGUAGCGGCAGGAGUGAGGCUCAGAGUAGCACCUGCUCCGUCAGUGGGUCGGCGGCCGAUCACGCCGUACUCGACGGCGCGCGAGGUGCUGGAGGAAGUGCAGCGCCAGCACGGCAUCUUCCGCAGCGCGCUGCUGCGCCACGCCAACCGCCUCUGGCUGGAGGUGAGGGGCCGGCCGGAGACGGAGGUGGUGCCCGCGGCCGCGCUCGACGCCAAGGAGGCGCUGCUGAGCCGCUUCCGGGACACGCUGAGCCACGUGGACGUGGAGCUGCGCGAGGCCCAGCGCCAGAUGGAGCGCAGGGCGGACUACGUCGCCGCGCUCGGGGGCUCCGCUUGGUCUGGCCGGCCACCCUGCCUCACUACCCAGGUUGGAGGCGGCGCAGGCUUGGACCUAGCUGAAGGUCUGCAGCUGCAACCGGCUUUCUCCCCUCCACGUCAGCAGGAUGUGCGGGACGCCGGCGAACACUCGUGUGGUCGGUUCUUCCGGGUGCUCUGCUCCUGCUUCAUCUGCAUCCCGCGCCGCCAGUAA